UAACGCCGGGCCGGGCCAGCCUUCUCUUUCCCUCUCACUCUCUCUUCCUGUCCUGUCCGUUUACGGAGUGAAAGGUUUGGGGAAAUUCCUUCGAGCUACUUCACUUCAGGUUUGUUCGGUGGGGAUUUAAACAUGCACACGGAGGCUUUCAAGUUCACGCUGCUGCUGCUGAUCCUGCUCUGCACCGUCCAGGACACUCUGUCACAGUCGCUGAGCCAGGUGGGUCGCGGAUGCCGGCUCUCCGCGGAAUCGUCCUCGCGCCGCUGCCGGACUACCGAUGGCAAGAUCUGCAGCGGCCGGGGCAAAUGUGAGUGCGGCACCUGCGUCUGCGAGGCCACCGAGCCCGGAAAGUUCUACGGGCCGCGCUGCGAAUGCCACGACUGGGUCUGCACGACGUACAACGGCCUGAUCUGCAACGACCGCGGCUACUGCGACUGCGGGGCGUGUGAAUGCGAUGACGGCUGGUACGGAGAUUCCUGCCAGUUCCAGGACGAUUGCAGCCUCUCCAGCAAGAAGAGCAAGGAGCUCUGCAAGAACCAGCAGGGGGUGGUCUGCUCCAACAGAGGAACCUGCCAGUGCGGGAGCUGCAUGUGUGACGAGAAACGCCUGGUGACCGGACGCUUCUGCGAGUGCGACGACAGCGAGUGUCUGGACGACGACACGGGCGAGAUCUGUGGAGGCCACGGCCAGUGUUACUGUGGAAAUUGCUACUGCGCCGCCGGUUGGCAUGGAGACAAGUGUGAGUUCCAGUGCGACAUCAGCCCGUGGGAAAGCAAGCGCAGAUGCACAAGUCCAGACGGCAAGAUCUGCAGCAACAGAGGAACCUGCGUUUGCGGCGAGUGCAGCUGCCACGACGUCGACCCGUCCGGCGACUGGGGAGAUAUUCACGGAGACACCUGCGAGUGCGACGAGAGGAACUGCCACGCGACCUACGACCGAUACACCGACGACUUCUGCUCUGGUCACGGCCAGUGCAACUGCGGCCGGUGUGACUGUAAGGAAGGAUGGGCGGGGAAGAAGUGCGAGCAUCCUCGGUCCUGCUCGCUGUCCUCGGAGAGCAGCCUGAAGAAAUGCAGAGGGGCGUCCGGCCUGCCCUGCUUCGGACGAGGUCAGUGUCGGUGUGGUCAGUGUUCCUGCCACCCCCCCGGAGACGCACGAGUCCACGGGAAGAACUGUGAGUGUGACGACCGGCAGUGUGAGGACCUCAGUGGAGAGGUGUGUGGAGGUCACGGCUACUGUUCCUGCGGACGCUGCAUCUGCGAGAACGGCUGGUUUGGGAAGCUGUGCCAGUUCCCCCGGUCCUGCGACAUGAGCGACGCCCAGAGCAAGGAGCUCUGCGAGACGGCUGACGGAGUCAUGUGCAGCGGCAAAGGUUCCUGUCACUGUGGGAGAUGCAUCUGUUCUCCUCAGGAUUGGUGGGUGUCUGGAGAUCACUGUGAGUGUGACGACCGAGAGUGUGAUAAACACGACGGCCUCAUCUGCACAGGGAACGGCUUGUGCAACUGCGGCAGCUGCGAGUGCUGGGACGGCUGGACGGGGAACGCUUGUGAGAUCUGGGUGGGAACCGAGUACUGAGGACUCCCGUGGUACCAGGAUCCCCGUGGUACUAGGACCACCGUGGUACCAGGACCACCGUGGUACUAGGACCGCCGUGGUACCAGGACCACCAUGGUACCAGGACCACCGUGGUACCAGGACCACCAUGGUACCAAGACCACCGUGGUACCAGGACCACGGUGGUACCAGGACCACUGUGGUACCGGGACCACCGUGGUACCAGGACCACCAUGCUACCAGGACCACCAUGGUACCACCGUGGUACCAGGACCACCAUGGUACCACCGUGGUACCAGGACCACCGCCGCCGGGAACCACCGCAGCAGACCUGACGUCAUCCGAAAUGGACCGAGCAUCAAUCAAACCGUCUUUUAUUGUACUGCUUACAAGUUUAAAGCAUAUUCCAAGUUUAAAAAUAUAUGUUUUCAGAAGCGCUUUCUGAUGUACGACUUUAGUUUCCACCGUAGCAGAGCUUGUUGCAAAUGGAAGAGCAAUUUACCAAAGAUUUAAGGUGUAUUAUUAUGGUAGAAGAUCCUUUAACUAAUACAAACUGUGUGUCAUUUACGGACUCGACUGUAAAUUUGCUUGAAUGCAGAGAUAAACCUUUGAAGUUUUUAUUUCUUUUUUAUGAUAAUAAAACAUUAAAUGUGCCGCAUGACACAACAAUUUUGCAUGAAAAACAAUGCAAAAAACCUUAAUUUUACA